CUCUCCAAAAUUCUACUGUACUUUUUCAAAGCCGUAGAAAAAAUAGUUUAUUCAAACUUUCAGCGAUAAUGAGUUGGUCUGAAGUGGAAAAGGCCUCCCAGGAACAAAGAUACGAGUUGGUAUUGAAUGGAAGUGCCAUUUCUGAACGAAUUUCUUCCAAUGGAUUAGACAUAAGUAUUUUUCAGCUUACUAAGCUAAAUUUCCUUCAAAUCUCAAAUACCAACUUGGAAGAACUGCCUUCUGAAAUUGGGAAUUUAGUGAACCUUAAGACUCUAGAUCUUCACAGAAAUGCACUGAAAACCAUCCCGGCUUCUAUUGAGAAUGUAAAAGAGAUCAAAACUCUUGAUAUAUCUGGCAACUCUUUGAAUGAAUUGCCAGUAGAAUUUGGAGAACUUGAUUCUUUACACACACUCAACUUGAACUGUAAUCAGCUUUCUGUUAUACCUUCUGUUGUAAAGUUGAAACACCUUGCAAGGCUAGAUAUUUCACACAAUGAGCUGUGUGAUUUGCCAGACGGGAUAUUCAAGCUGGAGUUAAUUUCCGAGAUACGUGCCUCAAGUAACAAAAUUGGUGUUCUUAGUGAAGAGGUUUCUAACUUACAGAUGCUCAAGGUGUUGGAUAUGUCAAGUAAUGUUCUAGAAGCUGUUCCUGUCAGUUUAGCUAAUUGCUUAAAGUUGAAGGAACUAAAUCUUAAAGAGAAUCGUAUCAAGGAUAAUAGACUUGGAAAGCUAAUAAACCAGUGUUCAACUAAAUCAGUUUUGGACUAUGUCGCAAGUAUGAAAGAAGGGAAAGGGAAAGGGAAAAAAAGUGGAAAAAAGGGAAGAACCAAGAGAAUGAGUGAAGGAGAGCAGGAAUCAUCAGCUGAGUCAGGGAAUCAAGGCCCGGUUGUAAAAGUGAUUCAUGGAGACAGAGUCAAAGUCUUGGUUCAACCAUCUGUACUUGGUGUCAGGCCAUUCAUUGUGUGUACCUUAGUGAGGAAUUUAGAUCUCAGUGAUCCAGCUGUUUUCAAGAAAUUCAUCACUAUACAGACGAAGCUCCAUGAAUCCAUCUGUGAUCAAAGGACAGUUGCAACAAUUGCCACUCAUGAUCUGUCAACUUUGACUCUCCCAUUGAUGUAUGAUGCUGCAGCACCAACAGAGAUAAAUCUCGUUCCACUCGGAAGACAAAAACAAAUGAAUGCUGAAGAGUUUGUUUCUGUACUGAAGACUGAGGCAUUGAAACAAAAGCAGAAAACAAAAAGAAAUACUUUGAAGUCUGGAUUAUACAAGUUUCUUAGCCUGGUAGAAGGAGCACCUCUUUAUGCAUUCCUAAGAGAUUCAGCAGGUACAACUGUUUCACUACCACCAGUGACCAACAGUGAAGCUUGCAAGAUUAAGGCGAGUAAAAUAGAUGUCCUGAUAGAAGUAACUUCACCUAAAGACCUUGGCAUCUGUAAGCAAGUGAUGGCUGCCAUCAUAGAACAAAUGCUUGAGGCUGGUAUAAAAUCAUCUGAAAAUGACACAGCAUCAGGUGAAUCCAUGCUGUUACUAGAGCAAGUAAGAGUGACAAAUGCAGAUGGGCAACUGAAGGUGGUCUACCCUUCCAAUGUAGAUCUUUUGACAGAAUCAUUCAAAGUUAUUCAUCUGACUGACAUGAUAGGAGCAAGUUAGGGCCAGGUUUUAAGUGAAGUAGAUUAGGCAUUCAAGCACCAAAGUGCACCAUAGAUUAAAUUAAAGAGAACCCAGAAAUGUCAAAUUAGGUUAAAACUUUGUCUUUUGUUGCUUGGCAACAUAGUAUGUUUAGGACAAUAUUAUAUCCAACAGUAAAACUGUCAGAACUCAAGGAAGAAAGAUGAGCUCAACAGAUGCACAUUUACAGUGUAGUUUUGGUUUCAAGAAGCUGUCUUCUUGCUCCACUAUGACUGAGCCAAUCUUUAAGGAAGGGAGGCUUUGGAACCCAGGGUAAUGCAUACGGUACUUUUCAUAUUUCUGUGAUCCCAUCAGCUUUCAGGUGUCUUGGUUUUGUCAAUCACAAAAUUAACUCAGACUGCUUGAAAUUUGAUGGAUAACGAGAAAAUUAGUUCAUAGUUGUCUGGGACACAGAAACAUCGUAAGCAAUAUUGUAAGUCAUCUUAUAAUCUAAAUACAGAGGGAUUUGCUUUGUCUUUCCACCUGCACCUUUAGCAUAAGAAUCAGGGGGUAGAAGCAUGAUAGCCAGAAGAACAAUGGCUUAUAGUUGUUUAUUUGUUAUUAUAAGCAAGAGGUUUUGAUGAAACUGAACUUACAGCAGUAAAUGAAGACUAGCUAAAUGAAAAAUACAAAACUAAAUCUUAGGUAAAGAAAUUAAAGUAUUUGAUUGAUAAGCUCUGACAGCAAUAUUGGUUGAUGCUCUUCAUUCAAUUAAUAUUCAUAUACAUCUGUUCUUUAAUACUUCUAAUAAAAUAAACAAUCUAUUAAUAUCA